GAGCUAGAAUUGAAUUAGGGUUUCCAGUUGAUUGUGACAUUGCGCGCAGCACAAGAUAAACCAACUUCACGAGGUCUAGUGACACGCUGCAUCAUGUCAACUCCCAACGACAAGACAGGGAAGCAAAUAAUGGAUCUAAUCUCUUCUCCAAUAUUAUUGCAGCAGCUUUAAUUAAUUCUCUCCUUCUCAUCUCUCUCCAUCUUCUUCUCUUUUUCUUCUUCGUUUUCAGUAUUUGCUCUUGUUUUAGAGAUCAGAUCAAGAGGAUCGAUCUACUGGCGAACAGGUGGUGGGCAGGGAGCGUGGCGAUGGCCGGGGUCGACCCUGCCGCCGUCGCCACCUCCUCCCUCUCUCCCUCUCGCCACCUCCACAACCCCAAUCUUGACGCCGAUCACAGCUCCCCCACCACAAAUAACGAGGCCAGCGCUGACAACGAGCAGUCGGCAGGCGGCCUCGAAGCAGGCAGCGACAGCGGAGGCAGAGGGGGAGGCCGCCGCCCCCGCGGCCGCCCCGCUGGGUCCAAGAACAAGCCCAAGCCGCCGGUCGUCAUCACCCGCGAUAGCCCCAACGCGAUGCGCUCCCACGUGCUCGAAAUCGCCGCCGGCGCAGACGUCAUGCACGCCCUCGCCUGCUUCGCCCGCCGCAGGCAGCGUGGCGUCUCCGUCCUCAGCGGCAGUGGCGCGGUCGCCAACGUCACUCUCCGCCAGCCCGAGGGCGACGGCACCGUCGUCGCGCUCCGCGGCCGCUUCGACAUCCUCUCCCUCUCGGGUUCCUUCCUCCCCGCUCCCUCGCCACCGGGCGCCACCGGGCUUGCCGUGUGCCUCGCCUGCGGACAGGGGCAGGUCGUGGGGGGAACCGUCGUCGGCGAGUUGGUGGCCGCCGGGUCUGUGAUGGUCAUAGCCGCCACCUUCACUAACGCCACCUACGAGCGGCUCCCGCUGGGCGACGAUGAGCUCGAGGCGACUGCUGUCGACGCAGGGGGCGUCGACGGCAGCGCGCUGCCGCAGCCACCUCAUGGUGGACUGACGGCCGUAGAUCCACCGCCCUCGUCUGCACCGCACUUCAACCUGCCGCUGAAUCUGCUGUCCAGCAGUAGUCCGAUCGCACACGAAGUUUUCGCCGGCAACCCACCGGCGUGGGUUUCCGCAGCAGCUUCUCGGCCACCGCCCUAUUGCUGAUGCUACAACAACUUGACACACAUCCUUCUCUACUCCUCGCAUACAAGCUUUUGAUUCGUGCAGUACAAACUGUUGGAUUUAGCUUCUUGUCAUAUUUUAAAUCAAUUAAUGCAACCAACUUAGUGCAUGCAUGUUGUUUUAACACAAAAAGUUUGCAGCAUGCAUAUAAUUUGUAAUCUUAAACAUCAAGUACGUUUUGUGCUGUUUCUUAGCUAAAAUUUUCAUCUUUUCUUUGUUCCUCUAUAA